AAGUUAUUUUAGUGAAAACCAUGAUCGAAAAAUGAAAAAUUUUGUUCUGCCACUAACUCGCCAAAUAACAGAUAACCCUCAAACUUAGUGUGAACAUAAAGUAAUUUCGAAUCAUCACCUUUUUGCAUGAUGUUCCCGAAGAAAAAACCGGGUAAAACAUCGUGCAAUAAAGUCAAUAAUUUGAUUGCUGCAGUUCUUCAAAAGUAUAAAGAUCAAAAGGGGAGAACUAUAAACAGAUUCGUCAAAAAAGCGUAGAGCAGACGAUAAAUAUUCACUCCACGUCUUUGGCAUUUUAUUAGACUUCUGUCAAAACGAGGGAUCCCAGAUCUUCUGAUUUUUGAAAAUUUUUUUGCUGCCUCGUUUCCGGUCUUUUUUGCUCUAAGGCCUACUGAUUUUCUACUUCUUUUUCUAAGGUUUUUUCUGAUUCUGGACUUUUACUUUCUGAUUUUCGUGUUUUGGAUCUGGGAUCCCUGACCAAAAUGCUGUUUUUAUUUUUUACUCUUAAUCUUUAGUUUAUAGGAAAAUUAAAUUAAAUGAAGAUCACCGAUUCAUUUUACACAUCCAUUUUCUACUUCUCUUCAAUCUUUUCUUUAUUUUUGUUUAGUCCGACUAACGUUAGAACUUUGUAAGGAAAGGCGACUAAUCUUUGACUGAAAUAUUUCUGCGAAGGUCAAUAAAAUGCAAAAAAGAACCGGACGCGGAACCAAAAAUAGACAACAAGAAACUCGAAUUGAUUUUAUGAAGUAUACAAAUUCUUUUUCACUUUUGAUUUUGAAAGGGUUCAUAUACGGGCAUUUUAUAUGUAUAAAAUCAUCAGCGCUAACGUAAGUUCUAUAAAAUCCGCACAAUUUACAAAACAGUGAAAGUUUUCGUUUACACUAUUAACUUCAAAUUUUUUUUCACAGUUGAUUUUUCAAGAGCAAACAUUUCUCUACAAAAUGAGAGGUUCCGCAACUCUGAGUAAUCCUUUAUAGGCGACUUAUAACAUGCCAAAUGUGAAAAAAGACAAGAAUUUGAUUUUGGGUAGCGCUAUUGCCACUCUCUGAGAGUGUCAACAAGAGUCGUCGUAUUUUUACUUCUGGAUGUAAGUUCCGGCACUGUUUAUGAAUUUCUUAACAUUGAAUUACUUUCGAAAACAAACAAGCUUGAGAUCGACCUGCUGAAACGUUAUUGACUAGUCAACAGAAAACCGCUUGUGAAGCAAACUAUAACUUUUAUUCUCUUUUUAUUUUGGUUUCAUUCUAGUGAAAACAAUUGCAGCUAGUUUUCUUAAAGCAAAUUAAACUUUAUUUUCACAUUAGAAUGGUAGUCUUGAUCUUUUUGUUCUUCUAUUUAUUUGUUUUUGAUCAAUAGUCGUGACUGUUUUAGUCAAAAAAUAAAAACUUGUGUAUGCUCUAUACUUCUUGCAGAAAUCGUAAUUGUAUAGAGUAUCUUUAAGCCACAUAUGAAAAACGAAGCCAUACAUAGAUGAAUAUAACUUACUUUUGCAAAAGCUUAUUAUCAACAAUUUUCCAUACUUUCUGAAGACCGCUUGUGUAAAUUUCUAUACACACCAACAUAUUGCACUUUUUCAGCGAUAGGCUCACAAUCAGUUGUGCCUUAUGGAAAACAUUCUUAGAACUUCAAUGCAAAGAAAUUCAUAAAGGGUACCGGAACUUACACUCAUACGUUAAAAUACGACAACUCCUUUUAACACUCUCAGAGAGUGGCAAUAGCCAUUCCGUUUUAUUUUAUGUUAAUAAAUCUUGCGUCUUGUACCAGAUUUCAGCUUGAGUCGAAGAACAGGAAAAGUCACAAAUUUCAGGAUCGCACAAACUCUCUCUCCGAAGAGUUUUUUCUCGAAGCAGUGGGGCGCUAAUUUCACUAUGUUUACCCGGCUUUCUCUUCAAGAAAUGAUGCAGUUCAUUUCACAUGGAUUGACCUCAAAAUGAGUACAAUUUAUUCGCAUCUCUAAACUCUCUCUUUAAAUUGCUCUUUACCCUCAGUUAUCAUUCAAGUUAUUAAAAAUUUUUGUUAUGUAUAUAGGCGUAUCUUCACUGGAACCAAAAAUAUAUUUUUUCUCUUCGCUCAUGUUUUGUCACACAAUAUCUCGUUUACACGAUACUCUUCUGUUUUCUUGUAUAUACUUCUUUAUACACCAGAGCAGAAAAUUUUCUUAUUUGACAUAUAUAAACCAGUCUUGCUUUGCAAGAAAACUGCUUAAAAUAUCUAUCUUUGUUUUUUAGUUUUCCUCUAAUUUCUAAAAGCAUAAAAAUUUACUCCGAAAUUGACUUUGCCCUCCCCCUGCCUCCGAGAUGUCGGGACGCCCCUGUUUGUUUAUCCAUUACAUUUGACUGGUAUUGCGUAUGCAAUGGACAUUGGUUUUAGUCUAAUUUCGGUCUAUACGCUUUUCCCAACCUACUAGGACAAAAGUCUUUUCCCCAUUAAGCAGUGCAUGUUUCAAAGUACAUAUUAAAAUCACUCAAAAGUCAGCAGCGGGAGAGAAAUCGUCAAACGGCAAUUAUGUUCGUCAAACGAGAAUUUUGCUAAGAAACCUGCAUACUCUAUUCUACUGCGUGCAACAAAAACUGCGGGACGUCAGCUCUGCCAUUUAUAGCAUUCCGACACGAGAACUAUGCCCCAAAAAGAUAUUAUGCUCUCUUCAUGAUAAUUUAUAUCACUUCAUAGUCACUUUCUCCUCUAGUACACGAGAAUAAAUAAACCCUCCCUGCGAGAAUUAUGCACGAUCGGGGAGAUAUUAUGCUGUUUGCACGAGAAUUUUCCGUGUCUUCAUAACCACUUUCUUGUUCACUACGCUAGAAUUAUGCAUUCACGCGACAAUAAUCGCGAAAAUAAUAAUUUCUUUGAAAAGAUACAAAAUUCCCGUGGAGAGAGUAUAAUAUCUUUUACAUUAUGCAUAAUUCUCACAGAAAACAACAUUAUUCUUGUGUGAUUGCGCUAUUCCUGUGGCUUGGACAGAAGGCUUCUGUGCACAGAUACAAAAUUCUCGUAGAGGGAGCAUAAUAUCCUUUUGAUUUUGCAUAAUUUUCUCUCUGGUACACGAGCAUAAUGCAUUUACACGAGAAUUAUGCUGCUUUUUGUGGGAAUUGCGCACGAAAAAGGAUUAUGCUUUCGCAGAAUUUUGUAUCUCCCCGCAGAAACCUGGAGUUUUUUAGCAGACGAGUUGAAGAAAAAUCUUUUUUUCAAGUUACUUAUAAGCAUAAGGACAUGACUAAUUCAAAAACAUCUCUGCUCAGGUCUUUUCUGUCCGAGACAGGAGAUAUUCUUUCCUAAAAAUUGACACCUAGCAACAUGUCUCUAUACUGUACUCGAGCUACUUAUGGUUAUUUUAUUCAUAAAGAUAUGACUAUCAGUAGACGGUAGAAAAAGUAGUUACUUCUGAUUAUUUUUCGCAAAGAAUGUCUCCUAUCUCGUGUUAUGACAGCUACACUAUCAUUCCUUUUUGACAUAAUAGAAUGUUGACUCAAAAUAGUUGGGUCAAUAUUCUUUGGUGUCUAGUGAUACUAUAUAUAUAUAUAGGAUUGUUUAGUGAAGAAAAAAGAGAUUUUUUGUUUCGGAUCAAGAUUUUCUGUUUUUUAUUAUUUUUAUUCGAAUAAAACUAGUGGCAGCUAGCAUCUCGGUAACGGAAAAGGCCUAACCAGGGAUUUUUUUGAAUUAGUCAUGUCCCUAUGCUUAUAAGUAACUUGCAAAAAAGAUUUUUCUUCAACUCGUCUGCAAAAAACUCCAGCCAAAUCUGUUUUCGACUCCAUAUACAAACAUAUUCUCAAUGACUUUUGGAUGAAGUUUUUUCAAUUCACUUCAUUCUUGGACUGUAAAAGUUCCCGUUACUUCUUCGGGUGUUAUCGACAACGCUAACUGACAAUACAGUUGCCGUUAAAACAAGGGUAACUAGCCAUUAUACGUGCCAUACAUAAGAAAGAAAGCAAAUUACUCGUCCAAAACGAUCGUCCUAUUUCACUAUUGUCUAAUGUUAGUAAAGUGUUCGAGAAGCUGAUUUACACGCAUUUAUACUCAUUUCUAAACACAAAAAAACUUUUUUAACCCAACUCAGUUUGACUUUCGUCCAAGUGCUUCAACCGCAGAUGCUCUUCUUCUUCUCACUCAAAAGGUUUACCAGCAUCUGGAAAAAAGUGCAAAUUAAUUGGCAUAUCAUUUGAUUUUGAAAAGGCAUUCCACACUAUACCACAUCAGAUUCUACUACAAAAAACUGGCUAAAGCGGGAGUAGUCGGAAGUCUUUUGAAAUGGUCGCUUGUGAUCUUUCAAACCGUACACAAAAAGUUUCUGUGGGCUUUUCAAAAGUGAAGGUGAGCUUUUGUUUUGUUUUUCAUCGAGUUGCUCGCAAGAUGUCUUUCGUUAUUUUUGUAGGAUCAAAUAUUUUUCAUUGAAAUCUUGUCAAACGUGAAGUUGUAUCUCAAGAGUCUUUCGUGACUAGGGGGUGUACCGUUACCAGUUACCGUUACUGUAACGGUAACGACUCAAGCUUUACCGUUACCGAUAACGAGUAACGGCCGUUACUUGUAACGGUGACGGUUUGACUGUAAAAAUUUUGACCUGGCACGUGGACAUAUAACCUUACGACCAUAUAAUUAAAAAGUCUGCUCCCAUCAGUUCUCGUAGAAUUUUACGUGUUCAGAAAAAAUUUACUUGCUUAAGCGUCCAGGAAAAGAUUAUUAUUUGAAGAUUCCGGUUUUCAAAGCUUUGACAGACAUUUGACAUAUGGAAAAAUGGCUUUCCUACAUUAUUUUGGUUUUGAUAUACAAUUGUUAGAUAAUUUACAAGAUGUUAAAGAAGGUUUAAAGAAUAAUCAUCGUACCAUUUUCACACAAACGAUUGUCGAUGGACAUCUGUUAGAUGAACCUACAGUUAAAUUAAUUCAGUAUUUUUAUCAUGAUAGAGCAGUCUACCCCAAAUUUAAUAAUGAUGAUACCAAACAACAAACUAAUUCUGCAGACGCAACGAUACAUGAUGAUUCUAAACUGACAUUUGGACAAUAUGCUCAAGUAUCCAUGACACCAGGUGUAAUUACACUUAUAUUUGAAGCAGCUUUGAAAUUAAAACAAUAUUAUUCAAAGAAAUUUUAUUAUGAUAUAAAUCAUCUUUCACCCACAUCAUUUCGACAACUAAAACACGCACAUAUUGAAAGACAGAUGUGGUAUUUUAUAAGGCAUCAAUGGUUCGUGUAA